UUACUCUGUGGGAUUCAAAAAGGUAGCUGGGUUCAGGCGAAGCCACCAAUUUACUACGCACACUUAUCAGAACUCCCCCCAACCAUUUCAGAAUUGAGCUAAUUAUUUUGUUACAUCCAAACUCACUAGGUGGUAACACUAGCAUCUCUAACGUAUUUGAUCCGUGUCUCAUAGAAUGUGGCCCAAAGUCCAUGGGUAUUCCUGACCGGUAUUGCAAUGACGAUCCGUGGUCCGCCGAUUUUCUAAUAGUCUUCCUGUAUGAGGUUGUGAAUAGGAUGUUGGAGGUUAUAUCUAACUUUUAAAAAAUGCCAAAGUCUAUAAAGAAAGAACUGUCAAAGAAAAUACUGCAUCCAAAGAGUCGUAAGGCAGUUCAGCUAACAAAGGAAACCAAAAAGAUUUCUAGGCGUGAGAAAAUUAAACUUGUGCAUCACAUGAAGCAGAAUUUAAUUGGAGAAAAGUUCCUGUGGUUUCGAGAUCAUUUGGUGCCUGAUGUGACAGAGUACACACCUGAGCUUAUUUUGAGCAUAAUUGAAUUGUAUCUUGGUAGGUUUAAAGAAGAACUAGAACAGAUUAGUUUAAAACACGCUGUUGGGAAUCGUAAAAACAGGCAGCAUGCAAACAGAGAAGAUAUCAUACGACUCACCCUGUUGCGUGAUGAAGAGGAGUUCAACACAUGUGGAUUAGAAAUACCAGAUAUUACAAUUCCUAAACAGUUGGCAAUGCUUCGGAAUUGGAAUGGGGAGUUGCGUUUUCUGCAGAACUUCAAGUUAAAGAGAUUCAGCCGUAAGAACCUUCAGCAUCAAAUCACGUGCUCUAAGAAUAAUCAAGAGGAAUUAGUUGCAGAUGGUGAUAUUGCUCUAUCUAUGAAGGCACCUGCAGUACAGAUUAUAGAAUCUGACCCACAAAUUGAUGGCACAUCAGAUGUUAAUGAGAUUGCAGUAUGCCUGGAAAGCAGGGACCAAGAAAUAAUGGAUGAUAGUAUGGAUGUAUUGAACUAAUUAAUGUAUGUUUGCUGGAACUCUUACUGACUUUGCUUUGGGCUCAAAAGGAAUGUAACAAAGGACUGCAGUUUUGAACUUGCCCAAUCCCUUGAUAAGUUGACAAACUCUGCUGGGGUAAGUUAAUGAUUGAACAGUAGUUACAUUCAAACAAAACCAUGCCUUCACAGUUAAAUCAAGGUUUUUGCCACUGCUAUUUGCAAAUGGAGCAAUGAAUCCGGUCUUUAUAGGGAGGAUCUUCAUAUAGGUUGUAGUGCACACAGAAUCGUUACUAGGUAAUGGCACAGUAAAUAACUUAUCAUUGUAAAAAUGAUUGCACACGCAACAGAGGAACAUGUCACUUCUGCGGUGAUGUCACGCAACAUUAGGAGGGCUGCGGAAAGCGUUGCUUUCUGCAUGAUCUGUGCGACAGCUACAUGGUGCAACAAUAGAAUUGCUGGGAAAGGUGUUUUCUGUUGGGUCUGCUCCAAGGCUGUACCUGUAUCACUCUACCAACCGAGUUGAGUUGAGAGACAAUCACCAGUCAGUAAGGGAAUGAACACAACCUGAGAGAGCUACAGCAUUGAAGCCAUUACCCGGUGUCAAGCAGUGAAAAUAAGCAGACUUAGAAGGGUUAGCACAUUCUGUGGUGAAUUGUAGACAAUGUGAAUUAGCAGUAGCGCUGUAGUUACUUGUAUUUAUAAUCUAUAAGUGCUCAAUAAAUCCAAUUACCAAUUCAAAUCAUGUCUGUAGUCACUCAGACACACGACAGCAUUAUUGCAAAUAGCACAUUGCUGCAGUCCUAUACUGGAAAACUAUCUCUCUCAUAUCAUUUUCACUUAAAUCUCACUUAUUUUCUCUCCCUUUCUGCCUCUGUUUGUCUUCCAGAGUAUGGUUUGCCGUAGAGCUCAUUAUCACAUUAGAAACCAUUCUUCAUUGUUUUGCCACUGGCCAUUGUGCCUUGGGAAUAGUUUGAACAUCCUGUUGAAGUGUUAGUGGUUGUAAGGCUUGACCUUGACUCUUCCUCUUGUGACAGUGACAUUUGUUUGGGGAUUUUGUCAUACUCAGUUUUUUAAUGUACUUGAAGGUAGUGUGAAGUAAUGAGUGGAAGUUCAGGCAUGACCAAUUACAGAUAUAUAAAUUUGAGAUGAGUGAUCGUCUCCUAAAAGGUAGCUCUGGAAGUCCAGUGAGAUGAGAAUAUUAAAUUGUGAAGUUAAUGUGUGCCUAUGGCUUACUGACAGGUUCCAAUGAACGUAUUAUAGCGGUUAUCAGCCACAUGUGACUCAUGGUCUCUAGUUACACCCCUGCCUAAAUAGCAGGUAACAAGAACUGCAGAUUUAUGAACUACAGCUACUACUACAAUUAAAGCCCACUUAAUUCGCAGUAAGAGCUUGUACUGAAGUAACACUAAAGGUCAUAUGUGACACUGAUAUCUGAAGUUAUGAGAAGGAUUUUGUAUUUGACAAAAUUCACAAAGCAUUUAGCUUUCAUUGGAUUGACAGGUACUGUUUCAUGGUUUUAAACGCGAACAUUUAUGAGUCUGAUGGUAGUUUCACUUGUUUCAUAUGUUAGAUAUUUUAGUACUGCAUAUUAAAUUCAUGUUGCCAUGAAUUUUUUCAGUUGAUAACACUAUAAUAUCUCAGUCUUGUAAUGAUGGGGAAUGGGGUGAAUGACCAGAGUUUAAAUCCUGGCCAUGUCUGUCUCCAAGGCCCAACCAAAGGCUCCUUCACUUAGUGUAAAGUAGCCAGACCAUGAAGCUCACCAAAUAUCUCCAUCUGGUGUGUUCCUGCAUUCAUGUGAUACGGUGCUAAUGCACAGGUACUCUGCAGUGUUUUGUGCUGUUGGCCAUAUUUCUAAUUACUGAGGUAGAGGCUAAAAAUGUGUAUGUUUUUACACAUUUUUGCACUAUUUCUGGAUGUAUCAUUAUCUUAAUAAAUAAUGACUACUGUGCAAUAUGUAUGUAAGGCCAUGGUCAUGAACAUUUCCUUAAACCAGUUGGUUUGCAGCUUGAUUGUGUUGGUCAAUGCAUUUGUUAAGUUUUGUGUUAUGAAUGGUUUUGUACUUUGUACUUGCUGAUCAGUGACAUCAAACUGACACCAGUCUACCUUCCUGUCAAGAAAUGCUGAAUACAUUAAAACUCACUCUGCUACUUCCUGUCAAAUGCUUGAGUCAGGAUUAUUUUGCUUCUCCUUCUAGCAGUUUUUGUGUCCAGUUCAGAUGUACUCUUGAGAACAAAUAGGAAUUCUUCCCUUGGACAGAUCAUUUUAUUCUCUUUUUACUACUCAAGCAAGCAUACACAUUCAGUGAAGAGAGAGAGCGCUUCACACAGGGCAUACAUUUUCAUUUAAGUUUUGCAAAAUUUUAUGUGCAAACUGUAGGAUUUAAACAAGUGAAUAAUAACUGUAUGUGACCAAGAACCACACAUUCUGUAAUCUUAAUGUAAACAAUGAAUACUAUUUUGUCAAGAUACAAAAUACUUUCAUUGUUUCAAGAUGACAAAGUUAAACUCACUGGAAGCAGCAGCAGCAGUCAGAAGAUAUGCAGUACUGAAAGGUAUGAUCAGAAACACUUAUGUGGAAUUCAGUUAAUAUUUAGAGGAUAUGUUAAUGUUACAAAAAUGACGCUCUGCAUGUUUCCAUACAUAAAAAGCAUUCUAUCUGUAAUAGUAAAUAAAACUCAGAUGUAUUAUCUGUUAGGCUUUUGAUGUGUUAAGAGAACACAAUCUUUGAUUUUGAAGGUUCAAGGGAAUUAAUUUUUACACUAUGAAAGCCGAAAAUGAAUUCUACAUGUAGUAUGGUGUUAUAGUUUGAAUAUUUUGAAAUAAACUUAUUCCAGUUUU